CGUUGAUAGCACGCGUUUUUGUGAGAGAGCAACAAUUUUUGUGAACGAACUACAUCAGCUGACCUUUCGCAACCGAAUUUUAACGAUAUUUGAAGCCAAACGAAAAAGUACCAUCAGGCUGAAACAUUCGUUUUUCUCAAUGAAUAUUGAUUUCCAUCUGGUGGAACACCGAAAAACAAUCUUUUACAUUUGAAUACAUGAAUUUUUAAGUGAGCACGCGGAAUAAUUUGUGUUUUAAGCACGAAAAAUCAGGUGUUGAAUAAAUGAACAAGAGUGUUCCGUCAGAUAUAUAUAUAUGCAUACAUAGUGAAUUCUAUUAUCCCCAAAUCGACGGCAACGAAAAGGCAAAUCGAGUGAACAUUGUUGAGGAAUAAAAAAGAAAAAGGAAACCAGCAACUGGUCUCUCUCGCUGUCUUUCACUUGUACUCUCUAAUUGAGCUCAGAAAGAAAAGUUGAACCAUAAAAAGUAGUGGUGGCUGCUGGCAUCAUUUUCAGUUUCAUAUUGCUAUUAAUCCGGAAUGUAAAUUGUGUAAAAGAAUACGCUACAAUAUUGAUGGUUUUUUUUAUUCGUGUGUGCAGUUAAAAUCCGUUUAUUCGUUUAACCGAUUUCGUGCUCUGUUAGAAGUUCCCUUUGGCUGACACAUCACUACUACAUUUUCCAUUAUCAUAAAGAGGAUUUAUAUAUACAUAAUAUAUAUUUUUUCUUCUUUCACAUCAAACUAGUGUACUAUUGAUUUCCGAAUAAACAUUGCACAUAUACUUACUGGCUUAUUGACAAACAUUGGUACAUGCACACUGCGUCUAGUUUACUGCCAUCGUAAUCGUGUGAUGUCUACAUUUCGUUAGUGCAAUUUGGAUUACUAUAGAGAGUAAAUAAAAACGAAAAUCCCGAGCAUCAAAUUGACGAGCUUUUAUUAUAUUUUCACGCUUGGAUCACAAUUACAACGACGACGACGACAACAACAAUAACACCACAACAUAAUUGCAAUAUGAGCGCCGAUAACGAUGAAAUAAUUGAGUUGAAUGUCGGUGGUGUACACUAUACAACAACACGAAAAACAUUAACAAGUGAUAAGAAUUCACGACUUGCCGAAUUGUUCGACGAGAACAAUCAAUCAUCAUCGUCGUUCAUGAAAGAUGCCAAAGGUCGGUAUUUCAUAGAUCGUGAUGGCGACACUUUUCGUUUCAUUUUGGAUUAUUUGCGUGACGAUGUCAUCCAAUUUCCAGAUGGAUUUCGGGGAAAACGACGUCUCAUCAAAGAAGCGGAGCACUUCAAGCUUGAUAACAUGAUUAAAUCAAUGCAAACCAUAAGCGAUUCGCAUAACGGUUGUAUCACAAUCGGUUACCGUGGCUCUUUUGGUUUUGGAAAAGACGGUUUGGCAGAUGUUAAAUUUCGUAAAUUGUCACGUAUUUUGAUUUGUGGUCGCGUUAGUUUGUGUCGCGAUGUUUUUGGUGAUACAUUGAACGAAUCAAGAGACCCACAUUCCGACCAUGGUGGAAAUACAUCGAGAUACACUUCACGCUUCUUUUUGAAGCAUUGUUUCAUCGAACAAGCGUUCGAUAUGCUUCAUGAACAGGGAUUCAGACUUGCAGGCUGCUGUGGAAGCGGCACUUCAGCACCAGCAGCCGAAUUAAAACCAGGCAUUGAUGCAGAGGAGUCACGCUGGAGCCACUAUAAUGAAUUUGUAUUUGUACGCGACUAAAUGCCAUCUGUUUGUGUGCGUGAAGUGAUACCAAUCAUUCCAAAAAACAAAAAACUGAAUAAAAAAUAAUCUGUAUAAGCUUUUAUCAUUUAGCAGUGUGAUGUCAAUGUGUAGAAUUAAUUCCAUAAACAAAAGGACAUUUUACAAAUGAAAAGGGAGAGAUAGAAAAUACGAAUAAAAAAUGAACGGUUUUUUUUAAUGGAAUUUAAUAGAAUUUAAUUCCCUCGAUAAAAGACAUUUUGACAAAUAUUAUGUUCGAAUGAAUAUUUACUUUUCUACUAAAAAUGGCAAUAUAUUUUUCUUCAAAUGAAACCCUCUAUGGACUUUUAUAUUUAGAAAAUACACUUAGGUGAUGUGAAUGUCGCAAAAUUGUCUACUAUGAGCUUUGUAUGGCAAUUAAUUAUGAUUUUCUAUGUGAUGUGUAGCAUUGUAAUUGGUAAAAUCUUCAUUAUAUCACAGCUGUCUGUUUUUAAUUUGAUUUAUUAGCUUUGACAAGAAAAAAGACAAAAAUAGAACACCAUAAAUUACAAUAUUGUCUAUGAGUAUAUGCGAAGAUGAAGUAUUGGCGUUAUUUUUAUUUGCAAACAUUUUACGCUCUGUUUAAGAUGGAAAAGACACACACAUACACAUUAUUGGAUCAUAAUAUAAAUGAAAUUUGUAAUGCAUUUGUGUGGGGAAUAGCCAUAAGAGUGUAUUUAUUUUACAAGUACAGAAAAUUAAAUGAUCCAACAAUGGUUUUGGUCGCUUUGAUAAUGAUCUUUAUUGAUUGUUGCCCAUUCAUAAUAAUUCACUUGACGUUAAUUUACACCCGAGCGGCGAUUUUAUAGGCCGCUUGUGAACUACAAUAUGUCCUGAAAUAACAAACGCAAAGGAUGCCUUAGCGACGAGACCAUGUAAAGGCCACAAGAGAAACGAAGAGACAUAAAAAUAAAACGAAAUUGUUUUUUGUUUUUUCAUUUUAUUUUGUGUGCGUAUCUCUUGAAACGUUUGCAGCGGCAAUCACAAGAAAAUUAAUCAUGUUAUUGAAUGAGCGCCUGACAAACCAAAAUAAACAGAAAAAAAGAAAGUUAGCCCAUGAUCCCUUUUGUGUGGCGAGCUCAGCGUCUGUGGCACAUUUUAAGCUUUCUUUUGCGUUUUUCUACUAAGCAUUUCUGUUUAAUGUUCUUCGCUUUUCACAAUGUUAAUCGCUUGGCCAGCAUAACUAUAAUCAUUUCCAGUACGUUUGUUUCAAUUUUAUUUUUGGUGUAUCCUUUAAUCUGCACUUCCCUCACUCUCUAGUUCCACUCGAUUUUCUCUUCACUCUUCUCUCUUCCUCUCUAUAUGUAUGGCUUCAGCGGAAAAAGGUCAUAAAAGUGAAAUUUAAAACAAAAUUGCAAAUACAUAUGUAUUACAUAGCCGAGUGAACAAUGUAAACACCAACUGGGAAACCUAUUCAGAGGAAAGUCGCAUUUUGAAAAGAGACUGAUUCCAUCUGAUAGUGCGCGAAAAAUUAAGAAGUGUCCUCAGUUUUUAGUGGCGAAUGUCACUAAAAUUGGAACAUAUUGAAUAGAAAUUUGUCUACACUGAAACGGUUUUUAUCUCAUUACAUUUUGUGAUGAACCUUAUUUCACCUGAAUGCGUGAAAAAUUUAAAAAUUCACCAGUUUUCAGGUCCAGAUUUUUUUUGUGAAUUUUUUUCAAAAUGUUCCAAUUUCAAUGACCAGAAAAGUCGGUUAUAAAAAAGUGAACUAUUUUUUUUUCAUAUGGAAUCAGACCAAUUUCUAUUUUCGACUGUCCUCCGAACAGGUUUACUAGUAAGCAAAGUGUCGAGAGAUAUAACUUAAUUUAAUUGCACACAUACACCGGAGAAAAUUGCCAACUGGAGAAAUGAAAAACAAAAAUUAAGAUGUUAUAUUAAACAUACAUAUUUUCGGGUUGAAAUGUAGCAAGUUGCUGCUCAUUUGCGCACUUUGUUCGCCCGAACGCUUUUCUUCAGCACUUAACGUCGGUCCAAAUUAUGAUUCAAAUCAAAUUGAGAAAUAACUUCACAUCCAUCACACCAGCAAGACGGCAACAUUCUCCACCAAAUUCGCUUAAAAGAUAUCGAGAGAGAUAAAAUAUACUCAGUCGAAUAAACAUUUCGAAGAAACAACACCGACCUUUUCAAUGAAUUGCACAAACUGAGCAUUAAUGAAAUAUAAACGUAAAUCUGCCAAUAUCGAAUGGCUAAACUCAAUUACAAAUCAAAUUGACACACAUUAUAUAGGAAUAACCAUCAAAUAAUUUCACAAUAAUUGGACGGAAAACUAUUUUCAGCCAUUGCAUACAGUGUCAAAUCUCUAUUGUAGAAUGGAAUUUAAUCAUAAAUUAGCUAUUAAAUUCAAUAAUUGAAGCUGAAAUCACUUCGAAAAUUGAAAAAUCAAUAGAUAUAUUUGCAUUACACAAUAUGGAAUGUAUAUGGUAUAUAGUGUGCAAAGCACGCGACAAAUAGCACAGAAUAUAAUAG